AAACCACAAAGCAAAAUGGAGCGGAGCCUAUCCAGGGCUGAGCCAUUAUCAGAGGAUGUUGGUCCAGCAAAGGCUCUGUUUACACAAACCCUAACCUGUGCCCCCACUUGCAUUACUGGGCAAAUAUUUGCCCAUGGCAAGAGGCAGGACAAAGUUAGGAUUUCUCAAUACCCAUCAAAAUACGAGUGGGCCUCACGUCGUAGGGGUGUUUCCUGUCCCUUGAACUUGGUUCGACAGAGUAGAGCAACACGCUGCCUGGUUCAUACAUUUGGUGGUGGUUCAAAGAUGAAGGUGGUCCAUCUGGCUUGUUUUGUGGUGCUGUUUCUUGCUUUGGAAAUAUGGAGUAUUGAGUUCGUUGUUGAAGAAAAUGCAGAGGAUCUGGACAAGUUGUUUGACUGGGAGGUGGAUGGAAUUGUUUCAAGAUCCGUGCUGCGAAAGGGCAGGAUUCAGAGAAGCACAUCCAAUGGUGACGACUCAGGAGAAUCGGUAGCUGGUGAUGACAACAUAGUCCUCCACAGCUAUAAAGUCCAGUCCACCAUUACAUCCCGUCUGGCCAAUACCAUGGUCCAGACCAAAGUGGAAAACAGAGCCAGACAUUCCCAGAACUUGGUCUUUGAUGUCCAGAUCCCGAAAGGGGCUUUCAUCCACAACUUUACCAUGAAUGUCAAUGGAAUCACAUUUACUAGUUCGGUGAAGGAAAAAUCUGCAGCCAGAAGUCAGUAUGCUCAAGCCAGGGCCAAAGGCAAAGCUGCUGGGAUACUGCGGAGCAAUGCCCUUGACAUGGAAAACUUCAAAGCUGAACUCAAUGUCCCAGGAGGAACCAAAGUCCAGUUUGAAAUCCACUACCAAGAGCCAAUCCGAAGGAAACUCUCAACCUACGAGCACAUUAUCCCUGUGCAGCCAGGCAGGCUGGCCAAGCACUUGGAGGUGGACAUUCACAUCAUUGAGCCUCAGGGUCUCAGUUUCGUUCAUGUUCCCCAACUGCCUGCUGAAGAGGCUGUGGGCCUUCCUACUAUCACCAAAGGAGAGAAGAAGGCUCAUGUGUCCUUCAAACCAACAGUGGCCCAGCAACAGAAAUGUCCCACCUGCUCUUCUACCACAAUUGAUGGCAAUUUUGUGGUGACUUAUGAUGUUAAAAGAGAGACCAAAGCUGGAGAACUAGAGAUCUUUAAUGGCUAUUUCAUCCACUACUUUGCUCCUGAUAAUCUGGAUCCUCUGCCAAAAAACAUCCUCUUUGUUAUUGAUGUCAGCGGCUCAAUGUGGGGACUGAAGAUGAGGCAGGUAAAUGGAAGUGGCUGGGGGAUUACUCUUAUGAAACACUGGGUACAAAAGGUGUAUUGUUGUUAAUGAUAUUUGGUCCUACUUCCCAACAACGAAUUGUCACUGAGAUAUAUAAUGUGGAGGGACAGUUUAGUGCAAGCCUCCAAUGCGCAGACUCAAGCAGCUAAGAAGUACAUUGAAGGAAUCCAUCCCAAUGGAGGAACAAAUAUCAAUGAUGCUCUUCUCCGGGCAAUCUUUAUUUUGAAAGAAGCCAGUAAUCUGGGAAUGUUGGAUCCAAGCUCGACAUCCAUGAUUGUGCUUGUUUCGGAUGGAGACCCAACUGUAGGAGAGUUGAAACUACCUACAAUCCAGAAGAAUGUGAAGAAGAAUAUUCAGGAUGACAUCUCUUUAUUCUGCCUUGGGAUUGGAUUUGACGUGGAUUAUGAUUUCUUGAAGAGACUGGCACAAGAGAACAACGGAAUGGCACACAGAGUUUUUGGAAACCAGGAAACCUCUUCUCAAAUGAGGAAAUUCUUCAACCAGGUCUCUACCCCACUUCUCAAAAAAUUGGAAUUCAACUACCCACAAGAAAUGGUGUCUGAUGUCACCCACAACAGCUUCCAGAACUAUUUUGGAGGGUCUGAGAUUGUGGUGGCAGGAAAAGUGGAUACCGCAAACACACAACAUUUGCAGAGUGUGAUCACAGCAACUGCCAGCAAUGCACAAUUAGUUUUGGAGACUCUGGCAGAUGUUGAAGGAUUGGAUGACUUUCUGAACAAGGACAAGCAUGCUGAUCCCAAAUUCACUGAAAAGUUGUGGGCCUACAUAACCAUCAACCAACUCAUGGCUGAAAGAAACAUGGCUCCCACAGCUGCCCUGAAAAGGAACAUCACAAAGCGAAUGCUCCAGAUGUCCCUGGACCAUCACAUUGUGACCCCCUACACAGCAAUGUUGAUUGAGAGCCCAAAUGGAGAUGAGCUGAUGCUGGCUGACUCUCCUCAGGACCGGAAGAAGGCCUGCUGUCCAGGUGCUUUAACCAUUGGUGCCACAAAGCCAGACAAUUCCAUCCCACCUUGGGCCACAUCUACAUCCAAGGAUCCAUUAUCUCAAGUCAGGGGUCCAACUGCUGCAGCUGUUCAUCAGGGAUCCUUAGUUAUUGGCCAAGCACCGACUGAAAACCCCAUCCCAUCUUGGGUGAAGCCCACAUCGAAACCAGGGGGCCCAUUAGCUGUUGUUAUGGGUCCAACUAUUUCUGCCGUACACGCAGGAUCUUUACUUUUAGGGCAAGCCAACAAUUCCACUUCAUCCUUGAACAGAAAGAACCCAACUGACAGCAACAGGAUACAUUCAGUGGAUAACGACCCCCAUUUUAUUAUCAACCUGCCAAGACAACAGAAGAACAUCUGCUUUAAUAUAGAUUCUGAACCUGGUGCAAUUCUGAAUUUAAUUUCAGAUACACAGUCAGCGAUCACCAUUAAUGGGCAGCUCGUUGGAGCCAAGAAAUCCCUCAAUAAUAAACUGCACACCUAUUUCGGCAAGAUUGGGUUCAAUUUUGAAAAGAAAGGCAUCAAGGUUGAAGUCAGCACCGAGGCCAUAACUUUGAAGGAUGGUUCCUCCAGCACUUCUUUCUCCUGGUCUGAUACAGGAAGCCUCAUUCGGAGAAGAGUGCUAGUCUCUGUGAACAGAGACAGCAAUGUCACGAUCACCGUUGAUGGGGAGCUGUCCUUCAUGGUUAUACUACACCGAGUGUGGAAAAAGCAUCCCAUCAAUGUUGACUUCUUGGGAAUCUACAUCCCACCUGCAAGUAACUUCUCAUCUGGUGUGCAUGGCCUGAUUGGUCAGUUUAUGACUGAACCAGAUGUGCAGGUCUACAAUGAGAGACCUGGCCAUGAGCCUGGGAAAUCACUAGCUACAAUGGAAGUCAAAGGCCAUAAGCUCACUGUUACCAGAGGUGUGCAAAAAGACUACCGAUUGAACCGAGUAUUUGGAACUGGCGUUCAUUGCUGGUUUGUGCACAAUAACGGAAAGGGCUUCCUGGAUGGCACCUACAGAGACUACCUUGUCCCCAGUUUGUAUAGCUACCUGAAGCGUCUCUGAGGCGGUAAAAGAAGAGCAGAUGUGGCCCACCUCUGAUCAGUUAAACCUUUAUUCAUGCAGCUCCUAUAACGAGUCACUGUUGAACCAGUCUUUCAAGGUGAAAAUCUUUUUUCAAGAGAAAAAGCCCAAGUAUGCAAAAUAUAUCCUACAGCCCGUAUGGAGUCUGCUCCAAGUAUUAUUAAGCUGUUUUUCUCCUGAAGACAGCUCAUAACAAUGGUGCUAGUAGAGAAGGCUAAGCAAAAAAUAUAUCUGCCAUUUAACGUCGAGCUUGACAUUAAACCCAAGUAAGUUUAGCUAUUAAUAACAGGAAAUUGGUCUCUGAGACAAAUACAUUUUUGAAUAUAAUUAAAAAUACCUCUUUGUGGA